GCCAUGAGAAAUACAGACCUGUUAGCCAUGAAUAAACAAAUACCCACCAUCGGGUUGGACUUGUCAAGUUUUCAUCUAGACCCGGAAGUUGGAGGUGCAUUCAGUGAAAUUUCACCGUUGCAGUGAGGACACAUCGCUUUUCCAAAAUGAACAAGAGCGAGUAUAAGCCUGUGAAUGCAUUCAAGCUCAACCUGACCAUAUGGAAAUACGCGGGGAUUUGGCCGGCUGGAGUGAAAAAUAAACCUCUUAGAUAUAUUUACUUCAUCUACAACUCGAUAUCUCCAACUAUUUGGUUCGGCUCGUUUUUCGUACUCCAAUUUAUUCACAUCAUGAAGGUUAUAACAAAAUUGGAGGAGGUCAUGCAUUCAAUAUACUUGAUGAUUUCCUACUGCGCAAUGGCCUGUAAAUUUCAUUCAAUUCUGUGGUACAGAAGGAGACUGGAGAAACUAUUCAAUACACUGAAUGAUCCAAUUUUCAAGCCACGGUUGCCCUCGCAUUUUGAGGUUAUGAAUGAAUCCAUGAGAAUUGUCAGAAGGGAUUCAAUCAUAUUCCUGUCAUCGGGUCUCUGUGCGACUAUAUUCUGGACAUUCUGGCCUCUGAUCGAUAGAACGUCUGAGGAAAAUCAACUAGCCUAUCAGAUGUGGUGUCCACUGAACAUCUCCACGUCUCCAACAUUCGAGCUAGUCUACACCUAUCAGACUAUCGCCAUAACCUACAACACAAUGUUGAACACCAUGACGGACACUGUCAUCUGUGGACUACUCAAGAUGAUGUCAGGACAUCUGGAGAUGUUGGCAGAAGACUACGGAAGCAUCUUCGAAGAGGCUUUCAUUUGUCCUGGGGAAGAUGCACCCCGGACUGUAGCGGGUAGAAAGAUGAUUGAGAAAGCGACUGGUGAGAAUGAGAAGCGGUUCGAAAAAAUGGAAAAACAAAAAAUCCUGAACGACAAAGCACCGGAAAUACCACCUGUUAUCAUACCCCAAAUUUCCCAGGAAGACAUGAAAGCGAGAGUAUCGGCUUGUGUGGAAUUUGCCCUUGCGAUAGAGAGAUUUGCCAAUGAGCUGAAGGACAUCUUCCAGGCUGGAAUCCUAGUGCAGUUCAUCGCCAGCUGUCUGAUAAUAUGCGCCAGUCUGUUCGCAUUGGCGAUACUGCCUCCAGCGAGCUUUCAAUUUUUCUCUCUAGCUCAGUACCUGGCCUGCAUGCUUAUACAAAUAUUUUUGUACUGCUGGCGGGGAAACGAAGUAUCUCUAAAAUUCGGUGACUUGUCUGACGCAAUUUACACCUGCGAUUGGACAACGUGUGACGAAAGCUUUCGCAAAUCGAUGGACAUCGUGAUGAGUCGAUCACAAAAACCGGUGGUUUUGCUAAUUGGAGGUCUUUUCAGUUUGUCCGUUGAAACUUUCAUCUCAAUUAUAAAAUCGGGAUAUUCCUUCUUCAUGUUCUUCAGCGAAGUUGGAGGCAUCGAUAAAUAAUAUUUAUCAUCAGAAGCGAUGACUAUGCAGAUGAUGACUAUACAGAGCCCCACGUAGAAUGUAAUGCACCAUUAUAAUGAAAUAUAAUCAUAU